AUGGCCCUGCUCGCUGCAGCCCGCGCGGCGCUCACCGGCCUCCAGCAGACCCGGGACCCGGCCUGCGCCUGGUGCCUUGUCGACGACGAGGCCUCCCAGCAGCGCUACGUCUACGCCGGUGGCUCCCUCCUCCCCGCCCACGACGAGAUCACGCUCCAGGGCGUUCCCAUGACGGUCGCAGACCUCUGCGUCAUGGUCGCAACCCAGCAGCAGCUCAUCCUUGCCAACGGAGAGCCGGUUGUCGCCGAGAACCUCUUCGUUCGACGCAUCCGGCCGAAGUACGCGGCGCUCGCCAGCGAAGCCCACACAACUGUGUUUGACCGGAAGAGCAUACUGGGGCUCUAUGCCGCCAUCUAUUCUGAUGCAGACUCUUCAGACAUUAUCCACCCCUCCAGCGUGCGUCUCAUCACUGACGUCAACAUCAGCGCAGUCCCCGAUCUACUCAAAAGCGGAGGCAUUCCUCUCAUAAUAAAACUGACUCAGGACUCUAACAAAGGUGCGUUUUUCGAUGUCCACGAAUACGACAGGCGGCGCGACGUCAGCUCCUACUACAGCGCACUGCACGAAUUCCUUGCAUCGCGGGAGGCGGACGAUAAGAAAGACAACCAAGAAUAUCUUUCGUACUACUCACACGGAGCCAGCUUUCUCACUGAGGUGGACUCGGCGAUCGAGCAUGCUUCCAAACACUUGGACUUUCUGACUCCCUUUUUAGCAGACAGGUCAGCUGCUCCCACAGCUAUGUCUCCAAAGACCUCCGAAGAGCAUGCCAGUGGCCCCUCUGGCUUCUCUCUUGACCAAGCAAUCUCUUCAAUCAAAAAGUACAGCGAGCUCGACCAGCGAGUUGCCAGUAACCCACAACUAACCACAGAAACAGACGGCCCAGACCAGAAAUUGAUUUACUCUGGGCGUCUUUCUGUGCUUUCGUCCAGAGUCACAUCCAAUGUGAAGGUUCUUCCUAAGACUUUAGAGGUUGAAAAGGCUCAGAUAACCAGCUUUAUACAUCGCUCAACAUUUGUUGUCAGUAAAGACUUUUUUUCGGCGCGCGGGUCACGGAUCCUGAACACUAUUCACGACAUCGCACGAAGUAUGAACACAUACAAGCCAUCGCUGUUCUGUAGCACCGUGUAUCUCUCCUCUCUCUACGCGUCUCUUGUUCCGACAGCGUACUUGUCCAAAGUCCUACGUACAUUUAGUAAGUACUGCACUAUCACCGCGCGUAAGGAUCCCGCCGACACCAUCAGGGUUGUUGCAGCGAAAAUACAACGGCCAGUGACCUUUAUUUCUGCCAACUCGCUUCACUAUGCAAAGUUUGUCGCUCCAUUCAUCCGAAAUAACAUUCCGAUUGUCGCGGAUAGUACGCUCAGGCAAGUGCUAUCAGGUCUUUAUCACAGAUCUCCCGACUCUCAAGUGGAACCUUCCGAGCGAAGGGCAGAGGUAAACCAAAGCCUCCAACAGCGAAUAUCAAAGAGCAGCCCACGAUACAUCUUAAUACCGUCUGCCUACAGCAGCUGCGUCGUCAAUGAACGGAACAUACUUUAUCUAUUCGUAGGAGGAGAGUUUAAACCGUUGAACCGUCUUGAGAAAGUUAAGGACUACCGCCGUCCCCAAUACAGCUACGUUCAUCAGAAGGCCAAGGACAAGGAAGCGGGGGCAACGAAUUUCAGCAUCAGCAAGGACAAGUUGUCCUUCGCUGCGGACGAUAUCGUUUUGUCGUACAAAGCCCGAACUUUGGUCUUUACAUCCGACGUGGGAAAAGUUACUGAGCAGGAGUGGGAGAGCGGUGCCGUUCUUUGCGUGGUUUUGGAAAAGCAAUCUUCUCAAUUUAAUCGUGUUCGCAUCAACAAGCCCAACGAAGAUAAGUUGGCGUAUGUCCUGUCUAAAUCUCUGGGGGUGUACUUUCAUAUGAAAGGAGAAGAAGCAGCUCCGCCCUACUACAAAGGCGAUAAUAUUUUCUCUAUUCAGCUAUCCAGUAUAGAUUCUGCGGCUGUGCAUGUACAGAUGAAGACGCUCUGGGCGCUAAUUGAAAAUAGAUUGGGUUAA